AUGAGGAGAUUCACAGCCAGGAGAGGUGUGCCGGCGUACAUCGUGUUUGAUAACGCCCAGACGUUCAAGGCGGCCAGCAGAUAUCUGACGCGAAUUGGCCAGCAGACCAUCCAGUGGUCAUUUAACCUGCCCAGAGCUCCCUGGUGGGGUGGAGUAUUCGAGAGGCUAAUCCGGAGUGUGAAGCGUUGCCUCAGGAAGGUGGUGGGUGGAGCGAAGCUAUCCCGAGAUGAGCUCAGCACGAUCGUGACAGAAGCGGAGAUGGUCAUCAAUGCUAGACCGCUCGGGUACGUUGGCAUGACGAGGGAUGAUAUGGACGCACCGAUCACGCCAUCGCAUCUCCUCCAUGGCAGAUGA